AUGAGCCCUUUCCGCUUGGUAUACGAAAAGGCCUGCCACCUCCCCGUCGAGGUGGAACACAAGGCUUUCUGGGCUGUAAGGGAAUGCAACAUGAAUCUUACGAAAGCUGGUGCCGAAAGAAAGCUGCAACUUGCAAAACUAGAGAACCUUCGCCUAGAAGCAUAUGACAACUCCAGGCAUUACAAGGAGAAAAUGAAGGCUGUCCAUGACAAGCACAUUAAAAGGAGAGAGUUCAGACCAGGGGAGUUAGUUCUUCUAUAUAACUCCAGACUGAGGCUCAUGCCAAGCAAACUGAGAUCAAGAUGGGAAGGUCCAUACAGAGUAGAGAAGGUAGAGCCAUACGGAGUUUUCCACCUGCGUCAUCCUACUAGCUCAAAAUUUCUAAAGGUCAAUGGAUAUCGCUUAAAGCUUUAUCAUGGUGAGAAAAUAAAGAAUCAGAAAGAACUAGAGGUUUUCCUCUUGGAAGACCCACCAAGAGAAGCAGAAUGA